UCAACCAUAAAAAAGUCUCACCGUCCUCCGCUGGACGUAUCCUGUUGGACUGCACAUUGAUAAAGCAAACAGAGAAUUUCCAAGUGACUAAGCUUUCUUUCCUUCAUCACACACCCAUAAAUACGUAUCUUCUUUCUCUCAUCCAUAUAUAUAUAUAUAUAGUAACCUCCAGGUGCUAACAUAUUAAUCAUCGUCGUCACCUUUCUAGAACAUAUUUUGAAGAAUAAUAGCUAGAGAUCAAGAAUGGCAAGUACUAGUAAUCAUUCAUCAACGUAUUAUCAUCAACAGGCUCCAUUGCCAAUUCACCUAUGCUUCUUCCUUCUGAUACUCUUGACGCUGAUGGGAAUUUCAUGGUACAUCAACUACGAGCCGGUGCUGGAGAGUAUGUUCGAUCAAGUGAAGCUGGCACUAAUGGCGUCACCAUUGCUACUUCUGCUAGUAGUUCACUGGCUUUCAAAUGAUGAAAGCCGAAGGAGGUCGUAUUUGAUCCCUUUGCCAGAGAAAGACUCUCUUCACAGAGCUGGAGGAACUCCAUGGGGAGUAGGUUUUCUGCUUGUGUUUCUCUUCUUCAUGAUAUCUUACCAGUCUUCUUUCCAAGAACGCUGGUUUCCUCUUUUAACGAGAUAGUUUGUUUUAACGUGUUUGAUCGACGUACGAACACCUCUUUAAUUCUGCCCUUUUUUUUUUUUUAAGUUGGAUAAGAGAGAGGGUAUCUACUAUAGUGUAAUCUUGUGUAAUUAUAAUGUUAUGAGCUGAAAUUAAUUAAUUAAUAAUGUUAUGUAUAUCUUCUGCCAUUUGUGAUUAGUGAAGUGUAACGAUGGUAUGGCUUGUUAA